AUUUGGGGAGGGUUGCUGUUCUUUUUGUACACCCGAAGAGCCGACCCGGCACCACCACUGAGUCAUGAACAAUGUUUCACAAAUUGGAUUCCGGCGUCUUAUAUCUUUCCUACACAGGAGUAUACUUAGGGUGUUGCGGCUUCGUAUCUGCACAGCCGGUAUACAUACACUAUGGAAUGAAAUUAGUAUAAAGACCGCUCUACUGCAUUACUUCUUGCCUGCCUCUCACACUUCUAACACUCUCCGUCUGCUAACUAUCCUUUUGGUAUCCGUCGCAACGGGCCCUUCUUGGGCCGCAUUCUGUUUACCAUCAGGCAAUUCACCACUAGGUACGUCUGACCCCCGACCCUGUCGUGCACCCCGACGCCCAAGUGGCCGUGUAUCAAGAUCUGGCCAGAGCGCGUUGGGAAGGACUUCAUGGCUUGGGAGUCAAGGGACGAGGGUUCUUGGGGAAGUCGCUAGGCUUCUGGUUGUUGUCAAUGGCGAUGGAUAUUGCGUAUAAGUGUCAUAUAGCCUGAGCGGUGGGUGUUCAACUUGAUUGAAGAGCCACAUAUCGAG